CAGGCCUGUAGGGGGCGGUAUUCCAACCGUCGGUCGCCGCCUCCUUUGAACCUCUUUUACUAAACUCGAAAGAAGUCGGAGUCACGGAAAGAAACAGGAAGAAGACGACGAACUCGGCAACACAAUGACUUCGGGUAGGAGACUAGGCAAGGAGCUCGAUGACAUCCGCAAGGCUGGAAUGAAGCACUUCCGCAACAUCGUAGUGGAUGAAUCAAACAUUCUGACCUGGCAAGGGCUCAUUGUUCCUGACUGUGCUCCAUAUGACAAAGGAGCGUUUCGAAUUGAGAUAGUCUUCCCAGCGGAGUAUCCAUUCAAACCCCCGAAGAUCACCUUCAAGACAAAGAUCUACCAUCCCAACAUUGAUGAGAAGGGCCAGGUGUGCCUGCCCAUCAUCAGUGUGGAAAACUGGAAGCCAGCCACAAGAACUUGCCAAGUGAUUCAGUGUCUCAUUGCUCUGGUGAACGCGCCUCAGCCAGAACACCCUCUGAGGGCAGACCUGGCAGAGGAGUUCACUAAGGACCGCGCUAAAUUCAUGAAGAAUGCUGAAGAGUUUACAAAGAAACACAGUGAAAAACGACCUGUAGACUGAUGACUCGGCACUGACACACACCUGCUGGCCUCCUUUCUGUUUCCUGAUGGAAGAACCCAGCCUGACUCUCUGUUCUUACCCCGUGUUUCACAGAGAUGCCCUGUUCUUGUGUACAUGCAAUGUUUAGCACUCUCCACCUAUCUUCAAUAGAGGCUUGUGUUUCUGUUUCUCUUUCCCAGAAAAAAAGAAGAAAAAAGCAGGACUUUUUGGAGUGUUCAGGUUCUGGCCUCAAGGUGUCACCUUUUGGUUAUUUUUGACUUCUUUCUACUGAUUUCUUUUUAGGAAAAAUGUCAGAGAUGGCAUUUGAAAGACAAAAACAAUAAAAAGUGCUUUUCGGCUUAAAUGUCAAAUUUAAUCUCUGAUUAUUCAUUAUUGUAUGCAGACAUGUUAACAGAGAUGAAGCUUUAUGUUAAAACGUUAAUAUGCUGCCCCUCUGUUUUCUUUUUCUCUAAUGCAUUUUAUUUUAUGAAAGCCAUUACAAAUUACAGUUUAUUCCUGAUAAGUCCAAAUGUAAAACAAACCAAUCUUGCAAAUGCAGCAUUCACGUGUCAUUGAAACCAUUUUUUUGUAUUUAGAAAAAAUAUUCCUUCUAAAUAAAAAGUUUCCACCAAUAGGUGCGCUGUCA